UUGCAACUUUUACGCAUUUUUUAGUGUUGCACAUUUAUGCAUCACCACUGUAUGACUUUCAGGUCAUCGUGAGUGUCAAAAAUUUAGAAAGUCAUAUAAUAGCGCUAAACGCUAAUAAAUGCGAAAAUGUUGCAAAGUACAUGAAAACCUAUUGAAAUCAAUGCAAGUUUGCUAUUUAUACAUUCCAUAAACAUGACAUGUGACAGGAACGAUAACAGACUAAUGUAAAUAAGCUAAAUGAAUAUGAAAUCAAUCUGAUUGUAGAUGGCUGAUAUAAAACAUGCUUCCCCGUUCACCUAAUACUCUUUUACGUGACUGUAGAUUCUCAGUGAUCAAUCAUCCAGUUGGGGCACUUGGAAGAAUUAUACUUCUGUUGAUUUAUUAUUAUACUUUUUGUGGUGUUAGUUAUAAGUUGGUUGUAGUUUUCACUUUAUUAUUAUAAAACAUAAACGGAAAUAUAGUGCAAUAUAAUGGCUAUGAAAUUUAAUCCCGCUAUGACAAAACCAGGGGAGGAGAUCGUAAUUAGUGGAAUCGCUGGAAAGUUUCCGGAGAGCGAUAAUGUAGAAGAAUUGAAGACAAAUUUAAUGAAUAAAGUGGAUCUGAUUACGGAUAACUCUUCAAGAUAUCCCAUAGAUCAUAUGGAGGUUCAAAGCCAAGGUGGUAAAAUACGCAAUUUGUCGAAAUUCGACGAAAUGUUUUUUGGUAUUCAUCUCCAGCAAAGUAAUGCGAUGGAUCCCAUAGGCCGAAUACUGCUCGAAACGACAUAUGAAGCUAUAAUCGACGCAGGAAUAAAUCCCAAAACGCUUAAGGAAACCAACACAGGUGUUAUUGUAGCAGCCUGCUUCAGUGAAUCAGAAGGGGGCCUUAUGUUCAAAGCAGAAGCUGUAAAUAUAUGUCGAUUGACUGGACUGAGUAAAUCUAUGCUGGCAAAUAGACUCUCCUAUUUUUUUGGUUUGCGUGGCCCAUCUUAUACAAUAGACACAGCUUGCAGUUCCAGCAUGUUUGCAAUAGACCAGGCUUCCAGAUUAAUUCAACAAGGUAUAUGCGAUGCAGUAAUUGUCGGGGGCGGCAAUCUCACUCUUCUUCCCUAUACAUCUAUGCAUUUUAAUAACCUUGGCGUGCUGAGUAAAGACUGCAGAUGCAGGAGUUUCGAUUCCAAAGCUAGUGGAUACGUCCGUAGCGAAGCCAUAGGCACAAUACUAUUGCAGAAAGCAAAGAAUGCGAAAAGAAUUUAUGCACAAGUCGUACACUCAAAGAGCAACAGUGAUGGUUACAAAGAACAGGGUAUUACGUUUCCUUCCUCACAAGUACAGAAAAUACUCUUGACUGAAGUGUACAAGGAAUGCAAAGUAUCUCCCCAUGAAUUGUCCUACCUGGAAGGUCAUGCUACCGGAACUGUCGUGGGCGACCCUGAGGAAUUAAACGCGAUAGAUCAAGUAUUUUGUCAGGGCAGAAGUACACCCCUCAAAAUUGGUUCUGUUAAGUCGAAUAUGGGUCACACAGAAGCUGCCAGUGGUCUUUGUUCUGUGAUUAAGGUCAUUAUUGCGAUGGAAAGCGGUUUAAUUCCACCAAAUUUGCAUUUUACAAGUCCAACGAAGGGUGUGAAAUGUUUCGAGGAAGGAAAACUUCAAGUAAUUACGGAACCAACUCCAUGGGAGGGUGGCUACGUAGGGAUAAGCUCAUUCGGUUUCGGUGGCUCAAAUGCUCACGUUUUGCUGAAAUCGUUCACGAAGGAGAAAGUGAACAAUGGAGCACCUUCUGAUGAUUUGCCUCGAUUGGUAGCAGUGUCUGGUCGCACAGAAGAAGCAGUGAAAACACUUCUCGACUAUGUGGAAAGUAUUCCAGUGGACGUAGAGUACAUCCGACUUUUACACGAUAUACAUAACGAGGAAAUAUCGGGACAUUUGUUCAGAGGCUAUACACUCGUUAAUUCCACAUCAGGAAGACCAAUCAAAGAGAUCCAACAAUAUCCUGGCGUGAAAAGGCCAAUUUGGUUUGUCUUUUCUGGAAUGGGCUCCCAGUGGCCUGGCAUGGGCGAGGCAUUGAUGAAGUUCCCAAUUUUCUAUAAAGCUAUUCAAAAGUGCGCUGCAGUGUUGAAGCCGCACGGUGUGGAUAUCUUCGAUAUUCUUACUAACAAGGAUAAGAAGACUUUCGAUAAUAUCUUAAAUUCGUUCGUUGGGAUCGCCGCAGUCCAAAUCGGUCUUGUUGAUCUGUUAACAUCCGUGGGCAUCGAACCGGAUAAUAUAAUCGGGCACUCUGUCGGAGAACUCGGUUGCGCAUACGCUGAUGGAUGUUUUACGGCUGAACAAAUGGUGCUCGCAGCAUAUUCUAGGGGUUUAGCAUCCAUAGAAACUAAAAUGAUUCGAGGUUCUAUGGCUGCAGUUGGUCUUGGAUACAAGGAAAUAAAGGACAUGUGUCCACCUGAUAUAGAAGUUGCUUGUCACAACAGCUCUCAGAGCUCCACUAUAAGUGGACCAGCUGAAUCAAUGAAGAAGUUCGUUGCAGAAUUAACGGCGAAAAAUAUCUUCGCCAGAGAAGUGGCGUGCAGCAACAUUGCAUAUCAUAGUCGAUAUAUUGCCGAGGCGGGAACAAAAUUGUUGGCAUAUUUGAAAAAAGUGAUUCCCGAACCAAAACGCAGGAGCUCCAAAUGGUUGAGCAGUUCUGUACCUCAGACUGAGUGGUCUAAAGAAUCUGCCAAAUACUCAUCCGCUGAGUAUCAUACAAAUAACUUGUUGAACUCGGUAUUAUUCGAGGAAACUGCUGCAAUGAUCCCGUCUGACGCGAUAGCUAUAGAAAUCGCGCCCCAUGGACUUCUACAGGCGAUCGUGAAAAGAUCGCUGGGUCCUAACGUAGUAAACGUACCGCUAACUCUGAGAGGAUACAACGACAAUGCAGAAUACUUUUUACAAGCCCUUGGAAAAUUAUACAAUGCUGGUUUGCAACCACAAUUGGCGAAUCUUUAUCCAUACGUAGAAUUUCCGGUUAGUCGUGGUACUCCCAUGAUCUCGCCCUACGUUAGAUGGGAGCACUCUGAAGAUUUAUUUGUAUUAAAACUUGGCUCAAGCGAGAACAUAACAACGGCAGAAAGGAAUGUUGAAAUAGUAAUUUCAAACAACGAUUUUAAGUAUAUGGCUCAUCACGUAAUUGAUGGAAGAAACUUGCUUCCAGCCACGGGAUACUUGGUUCUGGUCUGGGAAACAUUUAGUAUGAUGCAAGGAAAGCUUAUGAAUGAAUUAUCAGUGAUUUUCGAAGAUGUGAAGUUUGAACGUGCAUCUAACAUUUCUUCGCCAGUUUUCUUAUCAAUCAUGAUCCAUAGAGGUUCCGGGAAAUUCGAGAUAUCAGAAAAGUCUACAACUGUUGUGACGGGAUCGAUCCGUGAAAUGUCGAAUCCCUCAGAAGAAAUGAUUGAUGUUAAAUACUUGAAAUCAGUCGAGACCGAUGAACCGCUCACUAGCAAAGAUAUAUACAAGGAACUGAAACUUCGUGGGUACGAAUAUACUGAAAUAUUCUGUAGCUUGAAAAGUGCAUCCAUCAGGGGCACCAGAGGACGUAUUGCUUGGUACGAAAAUUGGGCUGCAUUUAUGGAUAACAUGUUACAAAUACAGAUAUUGGGACUCGAUACUAGAGCUCUGUACGUACCAACAGGCAUACAAAAAUUGGCGAUAGACGUGAAAGCUCACAGUAAAAUAAUUCAACGUCUCACCGAAGAUAGUAAAGAAAUUCCAGUAUCUGUGUACAAAGAUUACAAAGCAGUAAUAGCCGGAGGAAUUGAAAUGCGCGGAAUAGAGGCUAAUAGUAUUCAACGACGAAAACCAAUGGCUGAGCCAGUUUUGGAAGAAUACAAGUUCGUCGCUAACCGUGAUAACGCGCAAACACCCUUAGCAGACAUGAUAAUAUUAUCCACCCAACUAGCGUUAGAAAGUCACAUAACAACUACUCCAAAGAUUCUUGAAAUAAUUCAUGAAGAAGAGAAGGUUCCAAUUGCAGAAACUCUUUGCCCUAUUUUCAUGAAAGUUCUAAGUAAUUUACCAAUGGUUCGCCCAAAUUUGAUUCUAUGUGCAAAAGCGAGUCGAAGUGAAGAAUUAUCACUUUCCGAGAAUGUUACGGUAAUUGAAGAAAAUAAAUUGCCGCAAGACGCGAGUGUCUUCAUGGCAGCUGCAUGCGAUAUUAUAAGCAGCAAAAGGUCAGACAUUCUAGAGCAGCUAAUACACGCAACAGAAGAUAAGGGAUUUAUUCUCCUUCAAGAGAGCGGUAUUAAUAAAGAUACAUUUCCCUUCCUUAAAUCAUGCGGGCUGAACAUCGUUUUAGAGAAAAGUCUCAAUAAGCAGACUUUACUGCUUCUGAAGAAAGAAGAGAAGCCACCUCAGAAAACAGAGGUAGUGCACGUAAACAAUAAUGAAUUCAGUUGGAUUGAAAAGGUGAAAAUGAUUAUGAAGAACGAGAAAGAUAAAAAAACUAAUGAAACAACAAGACUGGUGCUAGUUGCCGAAGGAGAUAUGGAGAAUGGUUUAUUAGGUAUGGUCAAAUGUUUGAGAAGAGAACCUAAUGGUGAAAUUGUCAAGGCUGUAAUAAUUCAAGAUAAGAAUGCACCAAAGUUUUCAUUAAACGAUCCAUUUUACUCUGAACAACUGGACCUAAACAUUGCUUAUAAUGUUUUAAGACCGGGUAGAAUUUGGGGUACUUACAGACACGUACCAUAUCCGGAAGUGAAGCCAAUUCCAGUUCCACAUGGAUAUGUCAACUUAAAAGUAAGAGGAGAUUUGAGUUCCAUUCAGUGGAUGCAGGGUCCAAUACAACCUGAUGCGAAGUACGAUAAUAUCGUGAAGGUGGUGUACGCUUCUUUGAACUUUAGAGAUGUGAUGCUAGCAACGGGAAAACUAAUGCCAGAAGCCAUAGCAAGCAAAAGAGAAAGUACAGACUGCUUAAUCGGCUUCGAAUUCAGCGGCAUCGACUCCAAUGGUCGGCGAGUAAUGGGCUUUGUAGAUAGCAAGGCUAUAUCGAAUCUAGUCACUCCUGAUAAAUUAACUGUGUGGCCAGUACCAGAUGAGUGGUCCCUCGAAGAUGCAGCAACAAUUCCGUCUGCCUACUUCACCGUACUCUACGCUUUCUUCUACUUCGGGAAAUUAAAAAAAGGGGAAAAGGUACUGAUCCAUGCAGGAAGUGGUGCUGUAGGUCAGGCAGCGAUCAACGUGGCCCUCGCAGAAGGUUGCGAGGUGUUCACUACAGUGGGCACGCCCGAAAAACGCAAGUUCAUUAAGGAAACCUUCCCC